AUGGCCAUCGGUAUGGCAGGGCAUCGGCACCCCCGACGAGGUCGCUACUGGCACAUGGGCAUCGUAUUCCUGGUGUAUUCCAGCUUCCACGCGUACUCGGCCUCAAUCGGCGGCGGCAGUGAAGAGAAGGGAGGAUACGAUCUGGGCAACCUCGAUUUGUCCAACAUUACGCCGAAUCCCGCCUUCUACGCUACCUCCGCGUCAUCCUCGGGGGAAACUUCAGGCGAAAGUGAUACAGCCACACCGGACGAAGCAGCCCCGACGGAGGAAACGAAACCGGCCGCCGGUCGGGCACACCACAGCCAUCCCACGUGGAGACCCAAACGUGAAAACUGCACACCACCGGCCAUCGAGCAGUUCCCGCAGCCUCUGAUGGGACCGAACGUGAGGAAACAUGGUGGUCUAAUCAUACACGUACUGGUGGCCAUUUUCACCUUUCUCGGACUGGCUAUCGUGUGUGAUGACUACUUCGUGUCGAGUUUAGACAGAAUAUGUGAAGAAUUAAAACUCUCCCCUGAUGUUGCCGGAGCCACGUUUAUGGCUGCUGGAAGCUCUGCCCCCGAGCUGGCAACCGUCAUCAUUGGGGUGUUCUUCGCCAAGGACGACAUCGGCAUCAGUGGCGUGAUUGGAUCCGCGGUAUUCAACAUCAUGUUCGUGAUAUCCGUUUGCGCACUCUGUUCCGGCACAGUGCUUCAACUAAACUGGUGGCCACUGGUACGCGAUUGUGCGUUUUAUACCAUCUCCAUACUCGUGAUGUUAAUCGUCAUCUUCAACGAUGUCAUCUCAUGGAUCGAAUCGCUGAUCAUGCUGCUCUUCUAUGUCGUGUACUGUGUCGCGCUGCACUUCAACACGCCACUCGAGAAAUGGGCGCACACCUGGAACCUGCCGAUAAAGCUGCCAACAAAGGAGGAACAGUCGGCCCUGGUCACCUACAAGAACCUACCCGAAACGACCUACACCCAGGGUCAGCAGCCGGGGCAGGAGCAACCACAGCAACAGCAACCGCCAGCCGAGCAGCCGCCGGCAGUCGAUCAGGGCUACGCGGCCUACAUGGAUCCGAACGCUAGCUGGGAUCCAAAUGCGGCCUGGGGCGAACCAACGCCCGCGGUGACGAACUCGUCCGUAGCAAAUGUGAACGAUGCGUGGAAUAAUGGCAGCGGUCAGCAGAACUACGCCUACGAAGACCAAUACGGUCAGGAGACUCAGAAACCCCCGCAACAGCAGCAGAUCGUGCAGCAAACGGCGGCACCGGCGCCCGCACCCGGUGAAGAUUACUACAAACCGAAGGAACCACGGCCACAGGAUUCGCAUAACCCGCUCGAGAAACCCGUCGACGGUGGCAUACUGGCGCAGGUGUCCUGGGCGAUCGUGUACCCGAUCCAUUAUACCGCACGGCUAACGAUGCCGGACUGCAAAACGGAGAAGUAUAAAAAUUGGUAUCCAUUCACCUUCCUCAUCUCGAUGAUCUGGAUUUCGUUCUACUCGUACUUCAUGGUGUGGAUGAUAACGAUCAUCGGCUCGACCCUCGGCAUCCCUGAUACCGUCAUGGGCCUAACGUUCGUGGCCGCGGGUGUAUCCGUCCCGGAUGCGCUUAGUUCCAUUGCGGUGAUCAAGGAGGGGUACGGCGACAUGGCCGUCUCCAACGCCGUUGGGUCGAACGUGUUCGAUAUACUCAUCUGCCUCGGACUGCCGUGGUUCAUCCAGACCGCGAUCAUCAAGCCCGGUUCGCACGUUAACGUCAUUUCCAAGGGGCUCACCUAUUCGACGCUUUCGCUGCUCUCGACGGUGCUGUUCCUGCUGUUCGCGACGCAUCUCAACGGCUGGAAGCUCGACAAGCGCCUUGGCAUCGUGCUGAUGUUCUGGUACCUGCUCUUCAUCACCGUCGCUUCCCUGUACGAGCUGAACUUCUUUGGUCAGCUCAAUCCUCCCGAAUGUCCGAGUAAGUAUGCUCCACGGUUGGCGCCGUGUGUAUCUACUAAAGCGGGUACCAGUAGCAUCUCCAAACCACAUCGCAUAUAG